GGCCAAGGAAGACCUGGUUCUUGUGUUCAUAUUAUGCCAACAAAAACUCUCUCUUCACCACAAUUGGAGGAGAAUUUUCUGGGUUUUGUCUACCGAUAGACUUACAACAGAUCCCUUAUUUUCUGUUCAAUUUCUCAUUAAUUUAAUCAAUUUUUGAAGUAGUAGAUAUAGCCUUGCUUUAGAGAGAGAGAGUGAGAGAGCACCAAGAACAAGAUAAGUGGGGAAAGAAACAAAUAAGGAGAGUCUGGAAGUAAGACAAACGAGUGAGAAAAAAAAAAAUCUGUCUUCCUUUUAUCUUUAUCUUCCUUCAAUGUCAAUUAUCACAGGUAGUGCUGCUACUGGGAGUUUCUCUUCAGGAAAUACAGGUGGAGAAGAAGUUCAACAGCAACAACAAGAGCUAUUAAAUCACCAUGCAAACUUUCAUGGCUCCAACUCCUUCCUUCCAACAACACCUAAUAUCAAUAGCAAUGGUAUUUCCACUACUCAAGUACAAAAGCAAGCUCCACCAGCUAAGAAGAAAAGAAACCUACCAGGAACUCCAGACCCAACUGCUGAAGUGAUAGCCUUGUCACCAAAGACCCUGAUGGCCACAAACCGGUUUGUGUGUGAAAUUUGUAAGAAGGGGUUCCAAAGGGACCAAAACCUCCAACUCCACAGAAGAGGUCACAACUUGCCAUGGAAGCUUAAGCAAAGAACGAGCACUGAGAUCAUUAAGCGAGUCUAUAUCUGCCCCGAAUCCUCCUGCGUCCACCACGAUCCAUUGCGGGCGCUCGGGGAUCUUACGGGCAUCAAAAAGCACUUUUUCCGGAAGCACGGUGAGAAAACCUGGAAAUGUGACAAGUGCUCCAAGAAGUACGCGGUGCAAUCGGACUGGAAAGCUCAUCAAAAGACCUGUGGUACUAGAGAAUACAGGUGUGACUGUGGAACCAUCUUCUCCAGAAGAGAUAGCUUCAUCACCCACAGAGCUUUUUGUGAUGCCAUAGCUGAAGAGAACAACAGAAACCAAGGAGUAGUACCAAUGUCCAACAAUAUUAUGGGAGCACCAAACCAAGGCCAACUUUCCAACAGUGAGCUCGUCAUCCCGGCAUCACCGCCCAUGAACAACAAAAUUACCGACAACCCAUCGUCAGCAAGAUCAGAUACCACUACAUCUGAUCAAUUUCAUCAUAAUUUUGAUGCCAAAAAUGCCCCUUUAACCCUAGAACCCCAACUACCCUUCCCAAUGCCCACAAAACCCGUAAACAUGUUACCGAGAACCCUAAACAACAACACUUCAUCAUCAACAUCACCAUCGUCACUACUGUUCGGAUUAAACCACAGCGGGCACGGUCAAUCACUCAUCCCCAACUCAUCAGGCCAUUUAUCCGCCACGCAACUGCUACAGAAAGCGGCUCAAAUGGGUGCAACUAUGAGUGGUGGUCCUAACCCUAACCCUAGUGGUACAACCAUAACAAGCAUGGCACCCUCAACCUAUGGUACAGCUACUGGUGGGUACAACAUGAACCCCUUCAUGCAGCAGAGAGAUCCUAAUAACAUUCUGCAAUUAGAGACCUCGCCGCAGUUUUUUGGCGCUAAUUAUGCGCAACUGGGGAUGUUUAGCGGGAUGUUAUUCGAUCAUACUCAGAACGAUGGUUUGUUGAAGAACAUGGAGCAUGAAAAUAAUGGGACUUCAAAUAAAAUAGGGUUCGGGGGUGCUAGUAAUGUGAGUAACGGUGAUACGUUGACCGUUGACUUUUUAGGGCUUGGAGGAUCGGGUAAUAAUAAUAGAGCAGAAAACUUUCAUGAUCUGCAGAAACAACAACAUGGCCAGCAAGAUCAGUUGGGGUUCGGAGGAAUUGAUGAUCAUGAUGAUCACCUAAGAAUGCAAAGAUUUGGACGAUCAUGAUCAGUUGGUCAUGGAUGAAUGAGAAGCUUGAUUAAUUAAGUGUAGUUUUUUAGUUUUACUAUCUGCAUUAGCUAGGUUUUCACAUGUUAUAAUCUCCGGUGACAAUUUUUAGUUUCAGCAAACAGAAAUGAACUGUUUCGGUCGAUCUUCUUUAA